AUGUCUAGUGCCAUCAUAGGUAGGAAAGUUGAUAAGGAAGUUCUGUUCAAUAUUGAUGGGUAGCCAAUUAAUGAUAGUAAUAAUUGAUAAUAUGACUAGAUGUCAAAGUUUUGAAGUUUGCAGCCACUCCUCAACCAUAAUUAGUUAAAUCGUCCAAAGAGCCUGCUAAGAAAGAAUAAGAAAAAAGUAAACAAAAUAAAUUGAACAACAAUUCAUCAUAGAAAACAAUACCCAAAAAGUCAACUUAAAUUCCAAAUUCAAAAAAACAAACAGAAUCAAAAAAAUAAUAACCAACCACAUAAUCUCAUACGGUAUUUCAGAACAUUACAAAUCAUCAAAAAUCAGCUAAGUUGUCAUCUCCUGAAUCCCAAAGAUCACCAUAACACUCUCCUAAAUCUAAAUCGCCAAUUCGAAGUCAUAAUGCCCCAUACAGAGAACCAAGAUAAUUUAAACCUUUAAGUGAAUAAUUCCCAAAUUUGGUUGGAGCAUUAUUUGAAUAGAAGAAAUUUACAGAGGAUGUUGAUGAUGACUCUUAGACAAGUGGAACUGAAUCCUAUAUCUCAGAUAGAGAAUAAGGAGAUGAUGAAAUUAGGUAAGCACCUUAGCCAGAAUCAAAUCCUUAAGUAUAUAGAAAUGUGAGUAAAAUCGUUGCUGAAAAUAACAAAAAAUAUGUGUAUUCAAAAAAGGAAGAAGCAGAAAGAUAGGAGAGAAUGAGACAAGAAAAAUUAUAAUAAAGAGAAAGAAUGAAAAAAUAUGGCAAAUAAUAAAUUGUUAGAGCCCAUACUUAAAGGGAGAAUUUUGAAUAAAAAUUUGCUUGGGGUGUCAAUUAAAAAAAAUUACAAGAUGAAAAAAUGAAGUUUACAAAAUUAUAAGAAGAAAAGGAAUAUGAACGACAGUUAAAAAUUGAAUAAUAAGAAGAAGAGCAGAAACCUAAUUAAGUUAAUUUGGCUAAGUUAUUCCCUGAAAGUUAAGACAGAGAGUCUCGCUAUAAAAAAAUGUGGGUAGAGGAAGCCAAAAAGGCAGUUGAUAAGAAAUAAUUUUCAUUAUCUUAAAGGGAAAAAACUAAAUCUCCAGUCAGAUGUAAAUCCUAACACUCCUCCAAGUUGAAUUAAGACUUUUUUGAGUAAAAUGCUAAAAUCAUUAUUGAUGAAAUGUAAUAGCAAAAGAAAUAAAAGUAAAAGGAAACAAUAAUAAAAAAGCAUAAGAUUGAUUAUAUUAAUAGACAGGUAAAAGCAAUCUUUUCAUCAAUGAAAAAGCGUAAGUGGACUCCAGAUAAAGAAUUUGAUAACAAAGUAGGACCAUCAGUAAGUUUAAGCAGAAUCAAACAACCUAGAGAUGAUUUUGGAGUUAAAGAGAUGUUCGAAGAGGCUGAAAAUGAAGCAGAAGAUCUUAAUGAAUAAGGAAAGGUUUAACAUUAUUNUUCCUUAGGAAUUGAAUAUUUCUGUUCUGCAAAGGUGCUGAAUAAAGUUUUGCAAGUUCUAAUAUACAAAUAUCUUUGGUUAGCGAAAAUUAUUUAAGUAUUGUAUAAAUAAAUGGAUAAGAAUGUAUAAAUGAAUUUGAGAGUAAGCCAUAAAUGA